AUGAGUCGUCUAAGCGCCAUUGUUUUGAUCGCUGUGUUUACACUUUAUUUAAUCAAUAUAAAUGGCGUAGAAAGCGCGAAAUGUUUACAGCAUGGCGAUGCGUGCAACAACGACAGUCAGUGCUGUUUCGGUACCAAGUGCCACAGAUUUGCCAAGAAAUGUCAAGUUCAAAUAAACCCUGAGGAGCUCAAGAACCCUCAACUAAAACACAACCCCUGA